AGGCAAUGAGGUAAGAGCGCAGGCAGCCCGCCCCCAGACAUCAACCACCUUCUUAUUCAGUGUUUUAUUGCACUUCCAGCCUCUGACGCUGCGACCACUUUCAUCCUUAGAUAAGCAGCUCCACAUUAAAAAGACGCAGGAAACAACAUUGCAGGCUUUGGGAAGAAAAGGUUAUUUUUCGGCUCCCUAAAGAUUUUUUGAUUGCAGACGUUCGUGCAACUUGCAAAAAAAAACGUUAUUAGAGAGGAGAAACCCCCCCCCCACCCCCCCCAGAAACUAUGUACGUUUGCUUAAGCGAGUUGCUUCUCCGGAGCUGUCUGAAGUCUGGACGAGUUUGGAGCGUGUCAGGGCUGCUGGUGUCUCUGUGCUUCACGCAGGUCCUGCUGUUGGGACCCAGCUCUGCCUACGAGUCCAGCCAGGAUUACUAUGACCAGUAUCAGGAGGAAGAGGAAGGAGAGAGCCAGGCCAGCAGCGAAUUGGAAGACCAGCUGAGGUCUGCGUCAAGCGUCACAGAGUUGAUGGACAUUUUCUAUCCAGAAUACAGGAGGAUCCAUGAAUGUCUGCAGAGGAAAAUCCACAUAGUGCAGCGUGCAAUGACAGAGGCUGAAGAAAAGGAAUGGGAGGAGGCAGCAGCUUUUACAUUGUCAUGGGAAGACGAAGAUAUAAAAAAUGUUGAACUUGAAUGGGAAAAGACUCAGUGUAAGCCUAGAGAAGUGUGCUUGGAUGUGGGGAAAGAGCUUGGGACUGCAACAAACAAGUUCUACAAACCUCCCUGUGUGUCUAUCCACAGAUGUGGAGGCUGCUGCAAUAGCGAAGGACUACAGUGUGUUAACAUCAGUACCUCAUAUGUGAGUAAGACGUUGAUCGAGAUCACACUACCAAGAGUCGGCUUCUCCAAGCUAGUCAUGAUCAGUUUCAUCAAUCAUACUGCCUGCACCUGUCAGCCCAAGCGAGAUACCUUCGGACGGUCCCACUCGAUUAUCAGACGUUCUUUCCACAUUUCCCAAACAGGGUGCGUUAUGGAGAACAAAACAUGUCCGCAUGGUCUCACCUGGAAUCCCCAUUACUGCAGAUGUGUCACUGAGCAUGAGGUCUUCAACUUAGUUGCUGGCAAUUCAGAACCAGAUGAUAGCGAAAGUGAGAUGGAUGACUUUUGUGGGCCCUACAUGAUAUUCAAUGAAGAUACGUGCAGCUGCAUGUGCAUGAACAGACUUUCCAUAUCAAGCUGUGGCCCCAAUAAAGAAUUUGAUGAGAGUACCUGCAAAUGUGUUUGUAGCAACAUGGAGCAUCAUGGCUUUUGUGAACCGCAGAAGGAAUGGGAUGCAGAUGCUUGCGAGUGUGUGUGCAGGAAGAACUGCCCAAAGAAUCAACCUUUGAACAAAAGUAAAUGCACCUGUGAAUGCACAGAGUCAGUGUAUUCAUGCUUUCGCAAAGGGAAGAAAUUUGAUCCACAGACAUGCAGGUGCUACAGGUUGCCUUGCAGAAUUCAAGUGAAGCAGUGCCAGUCAGGCUUUUACUUCAGUCAUUAUGUUUGCAGCUGCCUUCCAUUAUACAUGAGGGAAUACCAAACUGAAGAGUGAUACACAAACUGCUUUCUACUUUGCCUUGCUUCAUUAAUGAAGAAUUUAACUUUUCAGCCUGCAGCACUUACAAAAGAACUUUUCUAUUGGGAUUCUACACAAUCUAGUAGGUACGCUGGGCACUGAAAACAUACAUGAUAUACCAAUGAGAUGUCCCAGAGUAAGUGGUUUAUGGUUCAUUUCUUACAUGUUUCACCUAUUUUUUUUAUAUAAAAAAGGAUUGAAUCCAUGAUCACAACAGAAUAUUGUAAACAACUCUCCAAAAUCUAAUAUUACUUCAGAACUGAUUCAGCUGUGGGGCGAAAAAUUGAAUAGUAUUGACCAGGUUCUGUGUGGGAUGUAUUGUUUUGCACAAAGCAAUGCUUUUAUUGACACAGGAAGAUUAUGCAACUGGAAAUGAGUUCUGAUGCUUCAGAAUGGAUAUGUUUGUUUUGUAAAUCUUGUACCGCUUUUAUGCUGCUAAUGUAGCAGUCAAGAUGUGCAAAAUAGGUUAAGCAAUAUGAGAAUUUACCAGUUGAAAGUCAAAAAAGUUGUCGUAAUUUGUCUUUCACCAAACACGUUUAUAAUCUGAGUUACAACUACCAACUGAGCUUUCUGCUCACAGUAAUUAGCACUUAUUCAAACAAUAAUUUACAGCUGAUAAACACUAAGCUACUACCAAGUUUCUGUUAAAUUGGAGUUUCCUUCACAGCUUUUAAAGUUCUAAAUUAAAUUCAAGAAGUUGAACUAAAAAUUUAUACUAAAUUUCAGUUAAAAACUACACAGCCCCUACUUACCAGGGUUCCACUUGCACCAAAUUCCCAAAUUCUGUAUUCGACACACUCUGUUCUGCAACCCCUCUGUGCUGACAACUGACUAUGUUUGAGAUAGCGAUGACAUCAAGAGACCAUAUUGGCGUCUACGAUUAGAAGUUAUUUAUGAACUGAUGAAUCCAUCACCUGGAGUUGAAAAUCUUCAGUCAUUAAAUAAUUUCCAUGUCACCUUGAAAAAUUUGAGUCAAUCAAUUUCUCAGCAUGAAAAUAGAUAAGCUAUGCUAACAAAUAUACUAUAUGAAACAAAAAUAAUUAAACAUUAGGAAAGAAAGUCUUUGGCUGUGAAUUUCACGUUUAAACUUGCAUAAUUACUGUAACUGUCAGAUUUUUUCUAAUCAAUUUCUUGAAGGGUGAGACUGCUGUUUUGAAGUGUAUUUUCUUCCUAUCCAUUUUGAGUCACUCUUGGGUGAGAGGCAGGCAAGCAGGCUGAAAAUUAGCUCUGCCUGCUGCGUACAAGUUCCCCAGCUCCAUCCUACCUCUAGUCUAUUUUUGCAGAGAUGAGAUUGAGGCCACUAUCCACCCACACAUGGUAGGUAGAUGAUCAGGUUCAUUAAGAGCCUAACUGACACCAUUUAAAGGAUGACUGGGUGCAGGAACAGAUAUAAGCUGCCUUUUAGAGGGGCACUUCCUCUACCUCCACUCUGAUCCGCACAGUGGUGGCCCGCCUGCUGAAUCUAUUUUUUAAUUGAAGAUUUAAAAAGGUGGAGCUGUUUUGAAGUACCCUCUGUCUUACCUUCCAUUACAGCCUGCUGCUCAUCUCAAGUUGGAAGACCUCUGAUUGGUCCAAUGCAUGACUGUUCUCUGCCCCACCCUCCCAGAGUUGGUUUGGGACUUGGAAUCCAAUCCCACCUUCUGUUUCCUGUCUCCGGGGGAAAAUCCAGCUCCUUAUCUCGAACCUACUUUGAAGCCUCUCCUAAUAUCUAUGAAACAAUUGGCGAGGAAAUAUACAACAGGCAGGCAGUUGCUUCUUCAUGAUCUUCCCUUUGCCCUGGAGAAGUAUUUGGCCUUUGAUCAACAAUUCCCUAUGAUGAUGUCCAAUAAUGGGAAAUCAAGGAUGAAAAUUCAAAUCAGGUGAUAUUGGAACAUAAAGCCUGGAACAGUCAGUCACAAUGUCCUCCCAUAAAAUGCCAAUAACCUUUUUUUGUCAGGGUAGUCUGGCAAUAAACUCCUGAACUUUAACUAAAUGGCAUAUAGUCAGCACACAGGUCAUUUAUUGUUUCACACACUUCUGAUUUGCAAGUUCAUCAUUUAAAUUAAUUCCAUUUAUGCUUUCCUCUUGUGCAUUAAAGCCAGUCCUUCCAGCCAUGACCAAACUGGGGUAUGAAUUUGAUUUUUUAGCUUAUUAUUCUUUUCAUUAUCUCACCAAUCUUUCUGGCUGCCCACUUUCUCCAGUACCUUUGCCUUACAAACAAAAAAUGCUGCUAAAGUAUACACAUCUGAAACAUUGUAAGUUGACUUCCCUUUCAGAUGCUGACUCACUGCUGUAGUACAUAUAGUAUAGGUCAUUUUCCCAUCAUGCCUGUGCCAAUUCUUUGAAAGAGCCAUCCGGUCCACCUUUUUGCUCUUUUCCCACAGCCCUGCAAAAUUUUGCCUUUUCAGGUAUUAAUUGGCCACUUAAAGGCCUCAAUAGGCCUAAGAGUGGGCACCUUACCCACUCCUGGUAUUAUGGGGGUGGGGUCAGGGCUGAGCGGGAAGGCUGUAGGCUACUCAUCCAUAAUAUGUAACAUCACUACCCCACUGCCAAAAACAUGCGGGGGAUGGGGCCAGCGCAUAAAAUCUGGCCCAUGGCAUUAACCAAAACUCUCUUGGUUCUUUUGCCAAUUAUCUUAAACCUGUGCCCUCUGGUCACAAAUCCUCCUGCAUUUCCUGUAUAUUUCCAGCAUUUUCUAUUUGCAUUUUGUAUAUUUAGCAUUUGCAGUUUUUUCUAUGCCAGUCAACUUCUUCAGUUAAUUUCCCAAGAGAAGUACAAGAGAUACCCAUAUAGAAGAAGGCUAUUCAUCUUACUUUUCACAUCUGGGCUGAACCAUUCAAGUAAGAGCUGUUGUUCUGGAUUGCCAUGCUAUGGUGGAGCAUUGUGUUGAAAACAUUAGGGUGAAUCUGGAUAAGAAAAAGAAUGAUAUUGGCCAUAAUUUUUUCAGUGAUGUUUGCGACCAGCAGUAAUUUGAUUUUGCUACUGACAAUAAUAUAAAGAGCUUAAUUAACUUAACUCAGUUACAAACUUCUGGUAGCAUUAUUGUUCAGAUGUCAGUGGAUGGGUAGGUACGACUACUUAGGGGUGGCUGAAUAACAUUAAAAUUAUGCAUUUUCUGAUGCUGGGGUCCCAUUCAACUUAGGAGUCAAUAUUUUAUACUGUUUGAAAAAUUAGUGUACUUGUUGAUUAAUUAUAUCCUUCAACCAAAUUUUUGCUCACUUUUAAAACACAAAAUUUUGAAAAUAAGAACAUUGCCUCCUUUGAUAAUUCAUUUUACAGUAAGUGGCUGUACCCUACAGAUCAGGAUGGACCCAAGUUCAGUUUCCGAUCUAUGCAGUUAGCUAAUCUUACCUUGGGCAGUGAUGGGUUUGCCACCAAAGGACUCAGCCCUUCUAGGCUAUGGAGAGGGUAUGGGAUCUGGCAAGGUUUGCUAUUCCCCAAUUCAGCCAACCUUGUUGCAAGGACAUAAAUCCGGACUUUGAGUGAUGAUAAUACUGAUCUUGGUCAUUGUUAGAUCACUUUAGGAGUUCAAUCAUGUGCCAACACAUCAUCAAAGUUGGUGCAUCAAUAAUAAUUACUUGCGGAAGGUACAGGAGGGCAACCAAUGCCAGGGGGACUGUAACUCAGCAUAGUCAAAUUAGGAAAGAUGGGGGAAAAUGUUGUCCAGGGAGAAAGAAAAUCUUUUUACCCAUUUUACAAAUACUGUGCCAUGAUGAUCAGUGGUUAAUACUCUCCAUUAUUUUACCUUCUGGCAUCGUUCUAGGAACUAAUGGGCAACAGUGGAAACUAUUUUCUAAUGCAUCUAUUCAGCCAAUUCCUUGGUAUCUCAAUCCAGGGAUAUGUAAUAAUUAACAAUGAAUGUGUUUAGGUUGGUGUUAUUAAUGCCACAUUAAAAGCGAGCACAAGUUAUUAGCUGUUUCACUCCAUACAUAGUCACACAGGAAAAAUACUUUCCGUGAAAUGUUUUUGAUUACACUAUGGGUAAUUUUCUAUACAGAAGCUGUGAACAUAUGUAUUAAACACAAAUUUACUUUAUCAAAGACAAAUUAAUUGUAUAUUUAUUGCUGGCUCAAUGUAAUACUGUGUUUUAAGAUGUGUACUAGAUUUUUUUAACCACGGAACUUUUUUUUAAAAUAAAAAAAUUAUAUUUGUAAA